AGCUGGCAAUAGUCACAUAUUUUUCGGAUGAAGUUGACAAGAAUGACAAGUAAAACGACAUUGACAUUUCCGAUCCCAUUUUGUUUGGCUCUUAACAGUUUUAUGUUUUUUUAGAAGAUAAAGCUUAUAAAUACAAUAUAUUCAUAUCUAAAGAAAAUGGAUGUUUCAACACUGUGAAGAAAUAUUAAUGAAUCAUGAGAUAUUAAUUGCCUCUGAAAUGUUUGUAUGCACUUUCGAUGAAAGGAUGAACAUAUAAAUUUUUGGUAUUAUAUUAUUGUUUAUUUUUUAUAUGAAGCUCAGUUUAACGCAGCUUUCUGUGAACGAGAGUUAGAAAAGUGUUUGCAUGGUGAAACAAACAUAUAGUAAAAUAAUGUACGCUAAAAAGAAUAAGAAGAAUAUAAAUAAUGUGGACACAGGGGAAGACAAUUAUGAAGCUGUUGUCAAGAAAACUAAAAAAAGAAAAAAUGAUAUAACCAAUGAGAAUACUAAUAUUGAAAAUAAAUCUAAAAAACGUAAAUUAGCUACCACGGAAGAAGAAUCUGUAUCUCAUAAAAAAUUGAAAAAGAAAGUAAAAGGUAUUACUGUUCUAGAAAACAAUACUGAAUUGCAUGUAACUGAAGAUAAUAGUAUGAAUAACAUGCCAACAACUAAAAAUACUAAACGUAAAAAUAAUACUGCCAAAACACUAUCAACUGAAGCUACAAAUCUAGAUAUUGAUGAUAAACCUGAAGUAGUUACAAAAACAAGCAAAAAGAGUAAAAAGAAGACAAAAACAAUUGAAGAUGAAUCCAAGGAUACAAAAACAGACAUAGAUGCAGUUGGAACUGAUCCGGGUGAAGGAGUUUCUCAUACAAAGCAUUAUAAUAAUUCAAAUAUUUCCAAUGAUAUGGUAGUUGAUAGUAACAAGGAGCAAGUUAUGAAUAGUACAAAGCAACUUAUGCACCAGGAAGUCGACAUUAUAGAUAUUAAAACUGAUAAUGUAAAUGAGGACAAUGAAAAAGUUGUCACAAUAUCAAUUAAGGAUAUUGCAGGUAUGGAUUCAGAUUGGGAUGAAAACAUUCUACUCAAACAGUUAGAAAAACGAGUAGAAAAGAAAGAUAUAACCAAAGAAAAAAGAGUUUGUAUUAACUGGCCAGAGGUUGAUUUAAUUGAACUUGUGGAGAGAAUGGAAGUAGGUAUUCCUGAAAAUGAUUUAAAGCCAUUCAUGAAAACAGCUGAGGAGCUUGAGUGGGAAAAAAUAGCUUUUAAAAAUUACACUAUAGAAGAUUGUAAGAAAACAUGGUUAUAUGUUUUGAAGAAAAUUCGAAAAUAUAGAAUAUUAAAAGAAGUUCUUGAAGAUGCUAAAAAAUGGGUAACAACUGCAAGAUUUAAAAAGAAACCAACAAAAGUCCAGAGACAUCCUGAUAUGCCAAGACGACCUCUUUCUGCAUAUUUCAUUUUCUACCUAAAAGAAAAAGAUGCCUUACAAGUAGAACACCCAGGAAUUGAUGCAACAGAGCUAGCGAAAUAUUGUGCUCAAAAAUUUAAACUAUUACCUGCUGAGAAGAUGCAGAAGUAUGAAAAACUCGCGAAGAAAAAUAAAGAAGAAUAUGAACAAAAAAUGAAAGAAUUUUAUGAACUACACCCAGAGUUCAAAGUAACAAAAGAACCAAAACCUAAGAAAAUUAAAUCUCCAAAACCAGUUAAAGAAAAACCACCCCCUAAGCCACCAAAACCUCCUAAACAAAAAAUUCCUAAACGUCCUCUUUCUGCUUUCCAAUAUUUUCACAACGCCGAAGUUUCUAAAAAUCCAGUGGAAGACCAAGAUAAAACCGCAAUUAGAGAGAUAAACAGAGAAAAGUGGAGAGAAAUGCCAGAUGACAAGAAAAUGGAAUGGAUUACUUUUGCUGAGAGUGAAACAGUGAGAUAUGAGGAGGAAAUGCAAGAAUAUGUAAAAAAUCACCCAGAUUACAUAACUAAUGAAAAGAAACCUCAAUUGUCGAAAGAAGAUCUUCUUGUUAAAGAGCGCAUGUCUGGCAAACCAUCAAAACCACCUGUAACUGCUUACAACUAUUUUGCAAGGUUAAUGCUUCAUUCUGACGAAAUUAAAGACGUUCCAGUGAGAGAUAGACUUGUGUUCGUUUCUAACCAAUGGAAAAAAUGUUCUGACGAAGAGAAAAAACGUUACAAAGAACUUUUUGAAAAGGAAAUUGAGAAAUAUAACCAAGCUUUUGCUGCAUACUUAGAAACUCUCUCAGAAGCUGACAGGAAAUUGGAGCUACUGAAGUCUCAUCCCAAGAGGCGAAAAUCUGAAGAUGAAAAAUCUAAAAAAGAGUCAAAAUCUAAGAAACCAUUAAAGAAAAAGGUUGAACCUAAACCAGAGAAGAAAAAGAUGAAUAACAAAGUUUUGGACAAAAAACCAGAAAAAAUAGCAGAGAAACCUAGGAAGUUGGUAGAACCAGAACAACCUCCAAUCUCGCCCUAUAGAUAUUUUGCUACAUUGUAUAAAGGAGAGGGAUCGGCUUCUCAAGCAUGGAAAGAGUUAAGUGCUGAAGAAAAGAAAAAAUAUGAAGAUGAGUUAGUAGAUAAGAAGAGAGCAUACAUUCUAGAUUUUGAAAAAUUCCUGAAAAGCAUGACCAAGGAGGAGUUAGAAAAGUAUUCGAAUAGUAGGAAAAAAUUGAAUAAUCAAAAACAUGAAGAAGAGGAUGAAGAAGAAGAGGAAACAAGUGAUUCUGACGAUAAUUCAGAAGACGAAUCAGGAGAAGAAAAUAAUUAGAUAUACUUAUAUUUCUAAAACUGCCAAUUAUGAGCAUUCUUUUCUUACUAUUUAUAUAAUUAAUCAUUCAUUAGUCAUAAUUGGUUGUCCCAAUAAAGGGAAUAAUUUUUUUAGACCUAAAAACUGUUGUUAUAGACAUUUUUAAAUUUGCUUCAUUUUUGGAAUAUUUAUGUGUUUCACAUUUCAUACAUAAAACUUGAGAAUAUAUACUAUCUAUCUGAAUAAAUCUCAGUCCUUCCGAAAUAUUUUUGCACUAGAAAUUCCAAGUAACAUUACUUAUACAUUGUGUCGGAUUUUAAAUAAUCUAGUAAUUUAUUAAAUAAAAUAUUUUCUAUAUAUGUCCUUAUUCCAAUCACAAACUAUAAUUUGACGAAGUGAGAAUCACAGUAUAUGGAUCAUUUCGAAUUACUUACUUAUGCAUUUUUAUACAGGGUGAUUCAUUAAGAAUGUCCAAUCUCUGAACUGUAGAUUCUAGACCUCAAAAUAUGAUGAUUCUGCUCAACAUGCCUUAUGCAAAUAUUGCUAGUUUCCGAGAUACGGGGUGUUCCAAAUUUAAAUUUUGAUUUUCUCAAUAAUUUUUUGUUUUAACAAUUUCUCUUCGAAAAUUGGCAAUUUUACGUUUUUUGGCAUGAGAAAUCAUAAUUUGCACUCUAAUUUAACAUUGUUAAUAGAGGGCACUAGUUACACUUGUUUGUGUUAAUUAAAUCAAAAUAAAUUUUUUUGGGCAAAACUUACAACUAAAAUAAUAAAAAAAUAUUAAAAAGCGUUAAAUUGUACAAAAAAAGUUACUCUUCUUUUAUUGUUAUCGAGUUAUUUGCUUCUAAAAAGUUCAAUAAAUCUUAAUUUUUUUAUAAAAAAAUUUUAUUAUUCCUUAAAUAUGUAACAAUAACAAAUUUGUAAACAAAAAUAAAAAACUUGAAAGCAAAUGCUCAAAAUGCCCACCAUUUACUUCAAUACACUUUAUGAUCCGCUUUCGUAAAGAUCUCUUAAUAUCAAAAUCGUGAAUUCUAGAUUUUCUUCAAGAACAUUUACACGAAUUACUAGAGGAUAUACCUCUCGCUUUAAGAUAAAAUAUGUGGUUUUUGCACGACGGAACACCACCACAUUAUUCUUUACAAGUUCGUCAAUACUUAAACGAACAGUUUCCGCAUCGAUGGAUUGGUCGUGGAAGUGAGUUUGCUUGGCCACCAAGAGGUCCUGAUUUAAAUCCUUUGGAUUUUUCAAGUUUUUUAUUUUUGUUUACAAAUUUGUUAUUGUUACAUAUUUAAGGAAUAAUAAAAUUUUUUUAUGAAAAAAUUAAGAUUUAUUGAACUUUUUAGAAGCAAAUAACUCGAUAACAAUAAAAGAAGAGUAACUUUUUUUGUAGAAUUUAACGCUUUUUAAUAUUUUUUUAUUAUUUUAGUUGUAAGUUUAGCCCAAAUAAAGUUUACUUUGAUUUAAUUAACACAAACAAGUGUAACUAGCGCCCUCUAUUAGCAAUGUUAAAUUGGAGUGCAAAUUAUGAUUCCUCAAGCCAAAAAACGUAAAAUUGCCAGUUUUCAAAGAGAAAUUGCGAAAACAUAAAAAAUUGCGAAAAUCAAAAUUUAAACUUUGAACACCCCGUAUCUCGGAAACUAGCAAUAUUUGCAUAAGGCAUGGUGAGCAGAAUCAUCAUAUUUUGAGGUCUAGAAUGUACAGUUCAGAGAUUAGACAUUCUUAAUAAAUCACCCUGUAUGUUUCAAGAUAAAAGUCCAAAGAUCUGACAUGUGAGAUCGAAAACCUAGUCAGCUAAUAAAAAUGGUGAAAGUAUGAGUUCACAUGCUCAAUGUAUUUUAUUCUUGUUUUAUGAAUGAAAGAACCAAUACAAUUUAUUAUAUUUGAACAAAUCUACGAUUUUUAUAUUUAUCUCAAUAAAAAUUGUGUAGAUCAAUAUUUUUAUGUCACUAUUGAUAUUAAUUAGAAUCAACUAUAUUAUUAGAUACUUUAAAAUGCGAAUUUGGUCACUGUUUUCCGGAAAAAAACAAAUGCAACACAGUUGUCUGACUUGCUUUUUCAAAUAAAGAAUUUUAACAUGUCUUUUAUUUCAAUUAUUUUCUUAUACAUAUCAAGUUUCUUAUAUUUUAUUAUUAUAAUUUAGAAUCAUGUAUUUAUUUGGUAUUUUAUACUUGUUUCUUUAUUUUUAUUAUUUUUUUCGGUAAUUAUAAUUUACAUUCUGAAAGGUAUUUAAAAUGUAUGUAUUAUUGGUUAAUCCAAAUUGUCACUAGAAUCUGCGUCUUAUACAGAUUUUAGUUUGUAUAUUUUUUUGUAGUCCAGUAGCUAUCUGCAGGCAGUCGGUAAUAUGUGACUUUUUGUUGAGGAAAAACUACUUUUCGUUACAGUGUUUUCUAAUUUAAUACAAAUUAUUUAAGGACUUAUUUCACUGGGGUAUUUUGUAUGAAAUGAUUAGAACUUUGUAUAACUUUUUAUUUCUUUAUAAAAUAUGAAUGUUAUUGUUUCAAUGCAAAUCAGAUUAAAUGUAAUAUUUUAAAUGUA